CUCGCUUACAGUGUGCAUUAUUUUAUCUUUUUUUUUUAUUUUUUUUUAUUUUUAAAACAACACGAUACUUAGGCAUUCCAAAACACAUUUCAAGUUAUCGCCAUGUAUAUGUUGUGUUUCAAUAAAAAAUACUCUUUGUAGAAUUUUAGUAUUUUCCUUUGUUCUUACAUAUACUUUAUUGUAUAUUACCAUACGCUAGAACAAACAAAAAUGCUAAAUUGUACCGUGCAAGGGUAAAACGUUAGCUGUUGGGUGAUGUGAAUUUGGGCAGCAGGGACUGCGCAGUGGUGAGAGCGCUCGCCUCCCACGAAUGUGGCCCGGGUUCGAUUCCGGCCUGGUGUCAUAUGUGAGUUGAGUUUGUUGUUGGUUCUCGCCUUGCUCCGAGGGCUUUUCUUCAGGUUGUCCGGUUUUCCUCACUCCACAAAAACCAACAUCUUCAAAUUGCAAUUCGAGCAGGACAGAGGACCCGCGUGAAAACCAGAUGUAUUUAACAAAUAUAUAUUGCUGCUUUAAUUUACUGUACUGAAAUCGCGAAGAUCAAAGAGAGAAGAAGGUAUUAGCAAAACACAAAAACAUCUGGCAUGUAUAGAAAAAUUUAUGUUUAAUUAAUAUUCUUUGACCGAUAGGCAGCAUGAACAGAUUAAUUCGAUUGUUUCUUCAAGCUCAUUUUCGGAUUGGAAAAUAAAAAACCAUAUAGCAUUACCUUUUGAAUAUGGCAAAAUUUGUUUUAAUAAUAACAAUUUUUUUCCUUCGACUACAACAGCAAUUAUAAGGCCAGAGUAAUUUUCUCAAAGAAAACACCAAAAAUUAUCAACUGAUCAAUCAUAAAAACCGUCAGGGAAUCAAUCUUUUCAUUUUUCAAUGUGAAGCAAAAGUUUCGAGAAGAGUUCUGUUUAAACGAAAAAGGAAGUUUGAGGAAACUGACCUAUUAACUUCGGACCGUUUAAUUCAUUUGACUGCAUGCGGAUUUCAGUUGUCAAUUCUAAAUUACCUCCACCUGUCAUAAAGUCCCGGAUGUAGUUAUCACGUAAAAGAAAGGAUAAAUACUGAUAUAGUGCACGAUCGUCUUGAUACUGUUAUACGGCUUUUGAGGACAGCCUGUUCAAGACGAACUGACAGCGGGAGACUCAAAUCUCUGUGAAAACGGUUUUAUCAACACAAGCUCGGCGAUCAUAUUCCCCGAAAAAUGAGUCUGGAAAACAAGACGGAGGUCCAGGCCGGAAAUUCGUCCGUAUAUUUGACUAAAAUGUCAAAUAUAGAACUGGGGAUAAUGGUUGCACUUUAUGUGCUUCUUUUGGUGGCCAUCAUAACUGGAAAUGGACUCGUUCUGUCAGCGUUUUCCAUCAACAAACGCCUGCGCACUGCCACCAACACGCUUAUAAUGGGUCUGGCAGUCAGUGAUAUUCUUGUAGGCUUUGUCUCCAUUCCCUGCUGGUUGUACAUUUUCACAUUGUCCCACAAGCAAUCCCCAGUGAACCCAACAACGUAUCAGUUGUACAUCACGUUUGAUAUCUUCAUUGGCGCGGCCUCUAUACUUCAACUUACAGCGCUCAGUGUGGAGCGCUGUCACGCAAUCGUCCGACCGAUACGUCACAGAACACUCUCCAUGAAGGUUUUCUAUGUUAUGAUAGCGGUUCCUUGGUUGUGCGCCGCCGUGAUGGCAAGCUUACAACCGGUGCAGUUUCACCGCUGGCAGGAGGUUUACACGCCUCUCGUAGCUUCUACUUGCUUCUUCGUGCCAUUUGUUAUCAUUUUCUUCGCUUAUUUUUCCAUUUACCGUUUCGCUCGCUCACAGCCAGGAAGACGAAAAAUUUCCAAGCACAGAGCUGUGAGGCAAGCUUUCAAAAAAGAUCUGAAACUGUCUGUCACGCUGGCUUUCAUUACAGGAUUGUUCGUUGUUGCCUGGCUACCGCUCUUUGUUGUGACAAUGAUUGGCACGUAUUACAAACAAUACCUCCCUCCCACCCGCGGGACGGAUCGCGUGCUCCAGUUUGUCAAGUUUUGUCACUAUAGCAACAGUGCACUAAACCCAAUUGUGUACGCUUUCAGGAAUAAUGAGAUGAUCUCAACCUUCCGCUACAUUGCGCAUCUUUUGCUUUGUAAAGUGCAACAGGAGCCUUUCUCUAGAACCUCGUCUUUUAAAACGAUCUCGAGAAGAUACUCGUUGCAGAGCAGUCUGAAAAGAUCUUCCACCAAGAGUGGAAGUGGUAGAGAAAACAAAAAAGAAGAAAUCAAAAGAAACAGUAACCGUGCAAAGACAAGUGAAACGAUGGUGUUUUUGUAUACAACUGUUUAACUUUAAGAACACAAACGGGGCGUUAUCUCAGGCUCCGUCCACACUAUGCCGGAGAAAUUUAAAAGCGGAGUUUUCACUCUGAAAAGGCAUCAAGUGUUUUCCAUCCUCACUAAGCCGAAGAAAUUUAAAAACGCAACAAUCACCGGUUAUUUUGGAUUUGU